UAUUGCUGAUUUGUAUUUUAAUGUAUUUUGUGUCCUGUUGACUAAGUGUAAAGUAAACUAAUGAGCCGUGCAAGCUGUACGAUCCGCAAGUCCCAGCGCCAAUACGCCAAUGAUCAGAAGCACGGUGUACCCUUCCUGCCCACUCUGCACAGUGGGUGGCUAUAAAAGUCCGGUGGCAGUGAGCUCAUCGAUUCAGUUUACUUUGGCUGCUCCGCAAGUCUCGACGAUGCUCCGCUCGAACUUUUCACUGCUGAUCAUCGGCUGUAGCUGCCUGCUCUUCGCCGUCGCAACCCGGACGCCCAGCACGCCACGCAAUUGCCCGGAGAACGAGACCUAUCUGACCUGCGGUCCCGACUGCCAAACGGAGUGUGCCACGCUGGGAGAGCCCUGCCUGAUCAGGCACAUCCGAUGCCCCGAUGCGUGCUACUGCAACGAGGGCUUCGCCAGGAACGCCGGUGGCACGUGCAUUCCCAUUCGGCGGUGCGGCGCAGGCGGCUAUGGAAACUGAGUCGGCUCUCAAUAACUAAUUAAAAGCAGCUGAAUCACUGAAAUACUGAAACACUGAGGCAACGGCAAGACAAUAAAACUCAAUGGCAUUGUGUAUGGCGCUUACAAUGAUAAUGAGGCCACCGCAUGGCUGGAAACGGAGCAGCCAUUUCGGGUUCGAUUCUGUUGCGGGCUUUUUGAUCCACCUGUCAUUGCAGUCAAGAGAGAGCAAGCUCCAUCAGUGAGUCAGCUUGAAUCUGAGUUCUUAUCUCUCCAUCGAAAGCGCUGCGUGUGCGUGUGUAUUGUUAAAACUGAGAACAAAGUGUUAAUGUAAAUGUGCGUUUCUUGGAAUGCCGCUAAGUGACGGACUUCUGAAUGGCUGACGAGCUGGUUGUGUCAAGUAAGAAAGACGAUAUACGCCACGACUGACCUUGCCCCAUGGAAAGAGAGUACUCCACAUAAUCUAAAAUUAUAUUCCAAAACAUGUUCCUAAAUGUUCUUUUGUAGUAUAAGCGUUUUAGACAAGAAAUAAAAUACUUUGUAUAAAUUAA